CGGCUCGGUGGCGCCCCAGACCGUCAUGGGAAGAAUAGUUACAAUAGUGUAUGCUCUGCUGGGGAUCCCCCUCAUGCUGCUCUACCUGUCUUCCGUGGGAGACCUUCUGUCGCGGGCCCUGAAGUGGCUGUGGUGGCGGAUGUGCAGGUGCCGCCGACGGCCGCAGGUGCCCCGGACCAGCCACCCCGCGGCCUCGCCCUAUACCAGCGUCGACCCCGCCAAGCGAAAGUGGAGCAGCGAGUGCGGCGGCGACGGCAGCAGCGUGGGCGAGGAGUUCGUGGAGGGCGACGCAGGCGCCGUGCCCGUCACUCUCUGCCUCGUGCUCAUGAUCAGCUACAUCUGCGGAGGAGCCGCUGCAUUCGCCUACGCCCACCAGUGGUCCUUCCUGCAUGCCAUCUACUUCUGCUUCUCGUCCCUCACCACGAUCGGCUUCGGUGAUCUUGCUCCUGAAACCACGCCCAAUGUCGAUACGGGUGUCCAGAUGGCGCUCCUGGGCGCGGCACUCUACCUACUGGUUGGCAUGGCACUCAUUGCCACCUGCUUCAAUCUCAUGCAGGAGCACAUGACCAACCGUGGCUAUGGUCUUGGGCGACGCCUCGGCAGCCUCAUGGCUACAAGCAGCAGUGGCAGCAAUCACCGUUUUCACCUGGAUGAUACCUGACAUAUGGAGACGGUGGCACUCUUCACCUAUGGUUCGGGCUGCACCCCCAAGCACUCAAGCAGCAAGCCCUCCACGCUGUCGCAGCCCUGCUUGGUCAACACCAGCUGCAGCCUCGCCAACAGCACCAACGCUCGGCCUCUUAACUCCAGCCUGACUAAUACCAUAUACAAGGUCACACCUGAUGAAGACAAGCUUGUGACCCCCAACAACACCCUGGGCAGCAUCCCCCGGACCGGCAGCCCCCUACAGUCCCCUGCCGACCUGGCCACCAGCCCAGCCAAGGCCAACAACGGCAGAGAUAAGUGUGACACGCUGUACGGCACACUCCGAAAGGAGCUGCCGCCCACCCUAAAGGCCGUGCCUCCGCCCACCAUCCCUCCCUCAUCCAUUACGCCCUCACAGACGCCCAUGUUAUCUACGCGUACCAAAAAGACGGUAACAAUCUGCGACUCGGCCGACAUCGGGAGGGCAGUCAGUCCCCUUUCCCCGGAGAGGAUAUGACACGGCCAAUGAUCGGUUGCCUCGUACCUGUAUUAGGGGCCGUGAGGCUUGGGAACGCCUCCACGACUGUGACAAAGUCGUAGGAAACCAGACACUCUUCAUAUAAAGUCUGCUCCACGUUGUAUUCAGACAGGGAUUCUGAUCUUCACGUGAAGUGACAAAACAAAGUUUGAUGUGUGAUUCGUUUAGUUCUAUACUGAUGGCACAGACGGCCGAGGUUCCGCUUGUCAGCAAGCGGAAUGUAAUCGUAUAUCUGAAAAUAAGUUAUUAAUACAUAUAACGUGAAACUGUGGCUCACUAUUGACCUGUACUGGCACUGCCCGGCAAGGGAUGCCAGGAAGAUUCCCCCAGCUAUGGCGGACGUGAGUCAAAAGACGUGUGUGUGUUUGUGUGUGUGAAUAAUAAAAGCUGUCCCUUUGUAUUGUUCAUGUCUCCUCUAUGUUCCAAGGCUGUAUAUCUUGUAUUUUUACAUCUGUGUAAGAGGUCCAAAAGAAAAAUAAAGAUUUAAACAAAAGAAAUAUAUAUAUAUAUACAUAUGUAUAGAGGCAUCAGUGUGACUACAUUUACUGUAGGUGCCGGACUGUUGAUAAUGCUGUGCGGUUCUUGCUUGCAUUACGAGGGAAAGUUUUUUAGCUUGUUAGAGACGGGUUUGAGAUACAUUGUAAAAUUGUAAUAUCUAUUUCGCAAUAUCAUAUUGUGAUUUUAUAAGAGGAUUACUGUUUCAGCGUUCUUUUUUGUAUAUUACUCAGAGGUAUAAAGAAUUUUAAAUCUUAUUUCCUCUAAAUUAUUAAUGACACAGAAAGUUAUUUACCAAAGUUCUGACUGAUGGUGACAUUCUGGAGAAAUGUCCACAGUUGUUGAAGAGAGAUUCGAAUGUCACCGUGGUGAUGUUUCGGAAUUCCUAGGUGUUUCAGCUUCAAUCUGAUGAUUAUAGCAGAAGUUUAUUUUACAUAUAGAGGCCAUAUCCCAAUAUCCGAAUGAUGCCGCGAAAAAACGACAAAUCAGAUGACAAACUUCUUACAAGAAAAACUUUAGUCUGCAGCUUGAAAAAUGUUUCUGCCUUUCUCUCUCUUUUUUUCUUUUUUUUUACUUAUUUUUGGUGACAGGGUUGUUCAGAACAAAGCGAUGGUUGGGAAGCAAUGUAUUGUAGUUUAAUACAGCAAAUAAAGAUAAAGAGUUGCGAUUUAAACGAAACAAAAAAGGAAAUCUGGCUAAAUACAAACAUCAAACAAAUAUCACGAAAGUAUAUGGCUGUUCGAAGGGGUCUCCAGUGAGGCUGAAUAUGGUGCGUGCAGUGCAGUGACUAGACUUUGCGGUUUGUGUGCAGUGGGUGAUAUAUUCUCUACGAUGUGUAAAUGUGACAUUGAUGUUGUCACUGCUUGUUACAAGUGUGUAGCUAUGGCUCGUAAAAACAGGCUGAGUUUCAAGAGUGGUUGUUACCAAGUAGUGAGGCGAAGUUGAAUAUGCG